AUGGCGGCCACGACAGAGAACCCGGCCGAGGACCCUGGAAAGCUUCAUCCGAUUCACUCGCCAAUAGGCAGCCCGUGCGGCCCCCAGAACCUCCGCUCAGUGCAAAACAUGCAGGAGAAGCACGGUUUCUUUUGCGUCGCUGCUUCGAAUGUCCUUGAGCACAUUAAUUACGACACUCCCGGCGUGCCCCAGACCGCCGCUAAACUAACACGUCAAAAGGAGAACAAGACCCGCCUCAUCAAGCUGGAGGAUGUCGACAGCGCUGCCGUGCAGGCCAUGCUGUAUUUUAUGUACCGCUCCGACUACAAUAAACCCAAGAACACGUCGGCCAUGCUCUUUCACGCCCGCGUCUACGCCUUGGCCGACAGAUACAUGGUGCCCGACCUGAAGCUGAUCGCCGCCAGCAAGUUCAAGGCCGCCUUCAACCAGUCUUGCGCUUCUGGCGCGGGCGACAUUGUAUUUGGUGCCGUCUUCGACACGUUGUUGAUGGCGGCGCUGGUUCAGGACGCUUCCUCGACAUGGAUUAUGAGCGGUGUACGGAUGCUGCAGCCUUGCCAGAUCACGGUCUGCCAACUUCCCAAGACUUCAUGGCCUGGCCGUGAAAUCAAAGUCGCGCAGUUCCCAGAGGAUCUGAGCCAGGCUUUCUCGGCCCUGCAGUCUGGUCUCCCUUCUCCUCUCUCGCUCGCCUUAGCCCACAACAUCGCCCCGUCUGUGUGCCAUAUCCGCAACUUUGGCAAGGUAGUCGACGCGUUGAAGUUGGCCGCCAACAGAGCCUCGUCCACCCCCGGCCUGUCUCGUUACACGUCUGUCCACACCCUGCUCCUGCAAUGGGAAUUCGAUGACCUUGGGGUCAGCGACGAAGUGCAGCGGCUCUCUGACGUGUUGCGUCUCAAUUACGGCUUUGAUGUCGAACACUGGAAGAUCCCGUCAGCCAAGCCCGCCCUCAACCUGACGCAGACCAUCAGCGAUUGGAUCGAGCGGUUCGAUGGCAACCACAACCUGUUUGUCCUGUACUAUGUCGGCCACGGGAGGAUCGAUGAUGGCAGGCAGGUUUUUUUUGGCGCAAGUCACCUUCGCGAUUCGAGCCACGACCAGUUUGCCGAAAUCAAAUGGUCCACCUGCGAAGACAUCCUGCACAAGGCCGCAUCUGACACGCUGUUCCUCCUGGACUACUGCUACUCUGCCGGCUCGGCGUCGCCGCCCCUCCGCGUCUUCUCCGAGACCAUGGCGGCGAGCGGCUUCGACUCCGUCGCCCCGCCUCCCGGGCCCCGCUCCUUCACGACGACGCUGACUAGGGCAUUUUCGGUUGUGAAGCUGCACGCCGAGAUCCUCGUCUCGCUCAAGGAGAUGCCGCCCCGGCACAUCUCCGAGGGCAGCCUGUUCGAGUGGAGGCGGACGCCAGUGCACUACAUCCCGUCCAGCGACCUGUGUCCCCCGAGCAUCACCCCAGCGAGGGCGCCUCUGUUGCAGAACGUCCGAGGUUGA